AUGUAUCACAGCCUCCUUGCAGCCUCCUUCUUUAUCGCUGUCCUCAUCCUGCUCUACCGGAACAGGCAGUUCUUCGUAUCGCUCCUACCGGAAUCGCUCGCCUCCCGCCUACCCUCCUCGCUGCAACCUUCGACCACCCACCUUCCACUGUCACACGGCCCCACAGACCCCCCCACCUCUCUCAUCUCGCGUCUGCUGCACCCCUUCACCUCACGUUCUCACUACCUUCCUCUCUCAAGCGGCACCAGUUGGUCAGCAAAUCUCUCCAACGGUCUCUCUUCCUCGCUCUUCGACAUCACCGCCAACAUCGACGCCUCGGAUCCGCGUUCCGGCUUGGAUCCGAGUGGAGCGCAGGACAUUCAGACCAUCAUGGCGACGCAGAGGGUGACGUUCGACCAGGCGAGGCUGAUCAGGCACAAGCAGAUUCUGGUGCAGAACAACAUCGAUCCGAAUACGGGUUUGCCGCUGGACAGGAAGGCGGUGACGAGUUUGGGCGGGACGAGGGGGUCGGCGGUGGGUGGGAGUAGGGGUUGA